GCAUUCUGGGUAAAGAUGGAUUCCUAUGAUCUGUUUCGCCGGCUCGGUGCGGGCGCCAAGUUUGACGUGAAGCGCUUUUCGGCAGAUGCUGCUCGAUUCCAGGUAGGAAAAAGGAAAUAUGAUUCCGAUUCUUCGGAGGCGCUGAAGGGGCCAGACUUCAUUGGAAGCAAGAAGUCUGUCUCAGAUGAAUGUGGAGCGUUACAAAUACACCAGGAACUCCAAAAUGCGGAGAAAACAGAAGGGGGCAAGGAGCCCAAGAAGAAAAAGAGAAAAAAGAUGAUUUCAGAACUUCCUGCUCAAGAAGACUUUGACAAUACUAUACAGUGGAUGUCCUCUGUGGAAGCAAAGAUUCAAGAUAAAAAAGACGAAGGAGAAAAAGAGAAACUGACAUCAGGAAAGCUGGAACAUCUCAGAAAGGAAAAGAUCAACUUCUUUCGGAACAAACACAAGAUACAUGUCCAAGGGACUGAUCUUCCUGACCCAAUUGCUACAUUUCAGCAGCUUGACCAAGAAUAUAAAAUCAGUUCUCGAUUGCUCCAGAACAUUCUAGAUGCAGGCUUCCUAGUGCCCACGCCAAUUCAGAUGCAAGCCAUUCCAGUUAUGCUGCAUGGUCGUGAACUUCUGGCUUCUGCUCCUACUGGAUCUGGAAAGACGUUGGCUUUUAGCAUUCCCAUCUUAAUGCAGCUGAAACAACCCACAAAUAAAGGCUUUAGGGCCCUGGUCAUAUCCCCAACUCGAGAACUCGCCAGUCAGAUUCACAGAGAAUUAAUUAAAAUAGCUGAGGGUACAGGAUUCAGGAUACAUAUGAUCCACAAAGCUGCAAUAGCAGCUAAGAAAUUUGGACCUAAAUCAUCUAAGAAGUUUGAUAUUCUUGUGACGACUCCAAAUCGACUGAUCUACUUGUUAAAGCAGGAUCCACCAGGGAUAGACCUAACGAGUGUUGAGUGGCUGGUAGUGGAUGAGUCAGAUAAGCUGUUUGAAGAUGGCAGAACUGGCUUUAGAGACCAGCUGGCUUCCAUUUUCCUGGCCUGUACAUCCCACAAAGUCAGAAGAGCAAUGUUCAGUGCAACAUUUGCAUAUGAUGUUGAGCAGUGGUGCAAACUGCAUCUGGACAACAUCGUUACCAUAACCAUUGGAGCAAGGAAUUCUGCAGUUGAAACUGUCGAACAAGAGCUUCUCUUUGUUGGCUCUGAGACUGGAAAACUUCUGGCCAUGAGAGAACUUGUUAAAAAGGGUUUCAGUCCACCUGUUCUUGUUUUUGUUCAGUCCAUUGAAAGGGCUAAAGAACUUUUUCAUGAGCUCAUAUAUGAAGGUAUUAAUGUGGACGUCAUUCAUGCAGAAAGAACACAGCAGCAGCGAGAUAACACAGUCCACAGCUUCAGAGCAGGAAAAAUCUGGGUUCUUAUUUGUACAGCCUUGCUUGCAAGAGGAAUUGACUUUAAAGGCGUGAACCUGGUCAUCAAUUAUGACUUCCCAACCAGCUCAGUGGAAUACAUCCAUAGGAUAGGUCGAACUGGAAGAGCAGGGAAUAGGGGAAGGGCUGUUACAUUUUUCACUGAAGAUGACAAACCCUUACUAAGAAGUGUUGCCAAUGUUAUCCAGCAGGCUGGUUGUCCUGUGCCUGAGUACAUAAAGGGUUUCCAGAAACUACUAAGCAAACAAAAGAAAAAAAUGAUUAAGAAACCAUUGGAAAGGGAAAGCAUUAGUACAACUCCAAAGUACUUCUUAGAGCAAGCUAAACAGUAAGUAUACAUGUAUGGUAAGAAAACUACUAUGUAAUUAGAGUAGGCAU